AUGACACAUCUACUUAUGGAGGCUCUGACCGAACCCCUAGACAUUAUUGACAACACCUACGUGCCACUUCUCUGGUCUGCCGACAGGCUAGGCAGAAGCGUCAGUAUUGAGGGGGCCCCCAAGACAAUCCCGGCAUCUAUGCGGCAGCUGGGAUUCCGCACAAUAAGCAUGUGCUACAGAGCAGGCGUUACCUACAAGUGGUUGCGCGGUUGUCGCUAUCCCAGUGAAUUUCCCAAGGAAGGGCACUCGCCGUUCAGCGUGCUCAAACGUUGCCUGGCCUCAAAAGUGUACAGCUCAAAUAAAGGCGCAGGCUACCUGGACAGAGUGGCUGUCCGUUUGCCCACAGCCAGCACUGCAGUGUUGGACCGCAUUAUAGAAGUGGGGAGCGCAGGGGAGUCGCUGCCGGCAGUAUUUGCUUCGAUUCGCAAGGGAGUUCAUGUGUACGACCUCCGGAGCGACCACUCGAUGGUAGGGAGCGUCAUUGAGUUUCUCAAGCUCGACUAG